CCUGUCAAGGUCCUGUAUAAGUCAAUGGGAGAGGCACCUAUCCCAAAUCCAACUUUUCCGAGGUUUAAGAGAAAAGCUUGAAAAAAUCGAUAGAUUCAGAAAAAAGCCCAAAAAGUUCAAGCAAUUCAGGUUCUUGUGUGAUUUUAUUGAAUUUUUCCAUGAUCCUAUUCAUUUGGGUUAUUUUAUUAAUAAGGCCAGAUCGAGCAUGGGAAUUUGGUAAAUAAAAUAUGAGAUACAUUCAGAUUUUAGUAAAUAACUAAGUAAAUAAAUAAGUGUUGAGGGAUAAAUGUUUUAAUACUAGUGAUGCCAUUAGGCCAAGCUUGAAUUAAGUAAUUGUCAUGUAACCAUGACAACAAUAGGGUCAUUGUGACAUCACAGGCACCUAACCACAAAACAACAGGUGUUUUGUGUGAUUAGUAUGACAUCAUAUUUACAUCAGACGAAGCAGGAAGGAAUAGGUGCUUAAGUUUUUAAGUGCUUAUUUCUUUCUUAUACUUUUUUAAACUUUCAUUUUAUGAGGUAGGAGAUCUUAACUCCAGACAUAAGAAAAGUUACUGUUCUCUACAUUCUCACUUUAUGUUAGUGUCCAUGUUAGUAUAUGAAAAGCUAUAAAUGUAUUUUACAAACAAUCUUAUUUUUCUAUAUCUUUCUAUUGCAGAACUCAAGAAUGAAUCUAAGAAACUAUUUUAUAUGGAUUAUUAUAUUUGGACUGAUUAUGAUUUGCAAAACUACAUCAGAAGAUACACAAGAAUAUGAAGCAAAUGAUGAAAGUGCAUAUUUAGAUGAAGACGCAAAUGUAGAUGAUGAAGACGCAUACUUAGAUUAUCCUGAACCUGAAUCAGAAAAAACUGUGGAAACAUUUACAAUUCAGCCUACAAUUCAGUGGACAAGUGCUGGGAAUGAAACGGAGACGGAGAAUGAUAAUCAAUAUGAUAUUCCAGUAAUUGUUACAGGGUGUAUUCUGGUAAUUCCUGUGAUUGGAGCUAUUGCAUGGCUAGUGUACGCAAAAAUUAUAAAGAAGAAGCAACCAGUUAAUGAUGUUGAAAACCCACUAGAGACAGCACAGCCAGAGAAAGAUUCUCCAAUACUUGAAAGCUCUGAUAGUUUUUUCAGGUGUCUGUAUAAAAAGAUUAAGGAGAAGAUAACAAAGAAGAAACCAGUUACUGACGUGGAGAACCCGCCAGAAAUAGCUCCAUCCAAGCAACAAUUUAUAGAAGCUAAAAGGCCGGUGUUUGAAAAACCUAAGGAAAAGAAAAAGAAGAAAACAGUCACAGUCGCUGGCAGAGAGAAGCCGCUAAUGACCAUUCGGCCUCAGCAAAUAUCAGCCACAGAUGAAAGCCCUGUUAGGUUGGUAACCCUUAGUUCUCUAUAUUCCUUUGCUUAAGCAGUUGCAUUUGAU